GUCUACUGUCCCGGAUUCCCAUCAUACGUCGCAGACAACAAGGAAGAUGCCUUAUCAAACUCGCAAUUCUCCAAAUGCACCGUCGAACCCAGGUUUGCUGACGACGUCGGCAUCAUCACGCCAAGUCGGGCCAAUAGUAACCAAUCCCUGCAGAUCAAAGGCAGCGGACGCGCCAUAGAUCGAGGGUUUUCCUCGGCACCCGGUGUCCAGAUCGCUAUGAUAUGCUUCUACGAGGUCAUGUAUGACUCUGCAACACAGACGACAGUGAUUGGUGCUGGUAGUAUUUCAGACAACAUCUAUGCAGUGCUGGGUGCUCAGGGUGUGAACGUAUUUGGGGAGAGAGUAAACCGGUUCACUCUCGGUGGUGGGUGUUUGUGGCUGAGAGACCAGUACGGGCUCCCUAUUGAUAAUGUGCUCGCGUACGAGUUGGUGGCGCCGAAUGGGACUGUGGUGACUGUGAAGGAAGAGACUGAUACGGAGCUUUUUCUUUUCAGGUACGGCAGCAGGAACAACUACGGUAUCGUCACUCGGUUUACCCUAAGGACGUUCCCACAGAAUACCUUUUGGGUACGCCUGCCCUCGAACUAUCAGUAG